AAAAGAUAAAUAUAUUUCCAUUGAACCUCUCUUUCUCAAUACGUGCUUCAAUGGAGAAUUCACCAAGAUACAGAGAUGACGCAAAGAACUUGCUUCCUUCACCAAGCAGCUGCACCACUACUCCGAUCCGACUCUUUAGAUCCACCAACAUGGUUGACACCACUUUCAUCCGAACCGAUCCUGCUUCCUUCAAGCAAGUCGUCCAACUGCUCACCGGAAUCCCCAAGACCCAGCCCCACCAACCCGACCCGAGAUUUUCUUCUUUUCACUCAAUCCCUCCGAUCAAAUCCGUGCCCAACAAGAAACAAGCUGCUUCCUUCCGCCUCUACGAACGUCGCAAUUCGAUGAAGCAUUAUCUCAAGAUCAACCCGACCCAUUCCGUGUUACCCGAGACUCUCUCCCCCAGCAUCUUGGAUUUUCCGGCUCUGGCUCUCAGCCCUGACACUCCUCUCUUGCCUGAUCUGUUUUCUCGAUCCGGAUCUUUGAGUCAGACUCAGAGCCCUAGUGAUCCGAAACCGAGCUCCGAUGAUGACGAAGAGAGAGCGAUCAAGGAGAAAGGGUUUUAUUUGCACCCAUCACCGUCGACAACUCCGAGGGAUGCGGAGCCCCGACUUCUCUCUCUCUUUCCGGUGACUUCGACUCACUCGCUGCCAUCACCUCAUGAUCAACCCUAGUUUUGCCUUUGUUUUGUUUUGAUGUUGUAAGAUUUUGUAAUGCUUGGUGUGACAACAAUUGAUUAAUGAGAAUUCUUACAAAAACCUGGACUUUUGCGAAUAUUCUCGUUAACUAAAAUCAUCGGCUGGCUAAUGGAUAUGUUGUUUCUUUCUCCUUCGUAAAUAUAGUUUUAUAGACGUG